AUGGUUCGUCCACCACCAACCUUCUUUCCUCACCCGUCCCAUGUUACUGGUUCAGCUGCAGCUGUUACUAUUGUUGAUGCUGGUGGUGGUGACGAUAAUAGCAGAAAUGGUGCAGCUAUUUUAUAUUACUUAGAUAUGGAAGAGUUAGAAAAGAGCGACAGAGAUGAAGUUUCCCAGUUUCUGCCUGCAUUGCUUGCCAAGAGAUAA